GCCGGCGUGAGUCACCGCGGCGCUCGCCUUUAUAACGGUCUGGAGGCUCGCGGGAGCCGCUGCGCCUGCCAGUCCGUCACUCCGCGCUCCACCCAGCGCGCCCCGGUCCCUGCGCCCCUAACCGCCUCCGGCGGCCGUCCAGUCCCGAGGGCACCAUGAGGAGCCCACGCUACGCCCCACUCCUGCUCCUGCUGCUGCUGCCACCGCUGCUGCUCACCCCCCACGCUGGGGACGCCGCCGUGAUCACCGGGGCUUGUGACAAGGACUCCCAGUGUGGUGGAGGCAUGUGCUGUGCUGUCAGUAUCUGGGUUAAGAGCAUAAGGAUUUGCACACCUAUGGGCAAACUGGGAGACACCUGCCAUCCACUGACUCGUAAAGUUCCAUUUUUGGGGCGGAGGAUGCAUCACACUUGCCCAUGUCUGCCAGGCUUGGCCUGUUUACGGACUUCAUUUAACCGAUUUAUUUGUUUAGCCCGAAAGUAAUCACUCUAGAGUAGAAACCAAAUGUGAAUAGUCACAUCUUAUCUGUAAAGUCUUAUUUGUGAUUGUGCCAAACAAAGAAUGUGCCAGAAAGAAAUGCUCUCGCUUCCUCAACUUUCCAAGUAACAUUUUUAUCUUCGAUUUUUAAAUGAUUUCUUUUAAUCCAAAGGGAAUUUUAAUUUUGGAUAGAAAUAUAAAGUGUAAGGCAUUAUGGAACUGGCCCUCAUUUCCCUGUUUGUGUUUUGGUUGGCUUUGACUUUUAUUUUUUUGAUGUCAAAAAUGUACUUAUUUUCACAAAAAUGAGGAAAGUAGGAAUUUGAUAUUUUGUUAAAGAAACUUUGUUUUCUCACCACUCCACGCCCCAUUUGUGCCCCACCACAGAUACACACAUACAACCUUUGGUCUCUUGCCUCUUCCACCUCAAAGAAUUUCAAGGUCCUUACUUUACUUUUCUCCAUGUGUCUUCCCUCUUCUUACAUUUUAAAGGGGAGGGUUUAUCUCCUUGAGUUUGAUGGCAGAAACACUGUUGGGAAUCCAGCUUUUUGCCUGCUAUUUAAAUAGUGAAAAGGGUGUAUAUUUGAACUUGACACUCCAAACUCCUCUCAUGCAGCAGACUUUGGGGGUGCUGCCGGAGCCUUCUUAAACCCAUCACUCCAAGAGGACUUCACCUCGGUUGAUGGGCUGGUGUGUGGACAGAAGGAAUGGAAAGCCAAAUUAAUUUAGCCCAGAUUUCUAGAUUUGGGUUUUUCUAAAAAUAAAAGAUGACAUUAACUUCUUUUUCUUUUUCUAAAGUUUUGUGUUUUUUUUUUUUUUUUUUUUUUUUUUUUUUUAGUCUCCUACUUAGAGAUAUUCUAGAAAAUGUCACUUGAAGAGGAAGUAUUUAUUUUAAUCUGGCAUAACACUAAUUACCAUAUUUAAAUUGGUAUUAAGUUGUAAUUUAAACCUUGUUUGUAACUGAAAGGUCAGUUGUAAUGGAUUGCCGUUUGUACCUGUAUCAAUAUUGCUGUGUAAAAAUUCUGUAUCAGAAUAAUGACAGUACUGUAUAUCAUUUGAUUUAUUUUAAUAUUAUAUCCUUAUUUUUGUCAC